CCAAAAGUGGUGAGGCAGCUCGCAACGAAUGGACCCACAAACUCCUCCUCAGCCAAGUAGAGAUUGUCUCUCCCAAUCUUAACACGUGGUUCCACACCCUGUAACUCCUCCUCCUCCUCCUCCUCCUCCAACCGUUUCUCUUCCAUUCCUUCCUUAUAACCACGUUGUCCACCCCCAUGUCCCCAUAUGUCUCUCUCCUCCCUACUUUAAAACCCCACCCCUCUCUCUAAAACCUCUUUCUCUCUCUAUAAAACCUCUCUGUCUCUCAUCAUUCACUGUGUCACAAUGGAGGGUGCAACAAAUUCCGGUCAGGAAACGGUGGACAUGUUCGAGAAGCCGGUUUUCGACAUGGGUUCUCUCAGAGAAAGUCUACCUCGCAAGAGGGGUUUGUCCAAGUUCUUUUCUGGCAAGUCUCAAUCUUUUGCGUCCAUUGGAGAUGUGGAGAGUGUGGAUGAUUUGAGCAAAGGCGACGACUGUGAUUCUCCAAGUUCUAAGAGGAGGAAGAGGAACAAAUACAACGUACACCACCAUCACAACAUUUUUCCUACACAACCCCUCAAUCAAAGCCUAAAUGGUUUUGUUGCAGAGCUUUACACAGUUUCUCUCCCUAGUUUUGCUCUCUCUUUCUAGUUUUGAUGAGGAGCUCUACACAUUGACCUCUAUAAAGCAUUGGGGUGUUACACUGAAGGAGUAAAAGGCCACGGGAUUUUUUUUUUUUUUUUUGUGGAGAGUGCUCAUGCCGUUUUGCAAAUAUUUGGUUCUUAUUUGUAAUUUUUUGGUGUUGUGAGAUAAGGAAAACAAAUAUUUUUUU